CGUGUUUCUUCUAGAUGGCGUUUCUAAUCCAUGGAAUUUUUCUUUGGAAUUUGGAAAGGUAACAACAGCGUGGCUUGACAUAAUUUACUUUCACCAAAAAAUGGCGGACGUUUUAGAUAUUGAAAAUCAAGAUGAAUUCGAAUUUGAUGAAGAUGGCGACCAAGGAGUUGCAAAGUUGAAAGAAAAGGCCAAAAAACGUAAAGGACGUGGCUUUGGAGGUGGACAUGAGGCGAGAGAAGAGAUUAAAGGUUAUGAAGCAGUUGAUGCUGAUGCUGCCGAUGAUGAACCUGGUCCACAACGAUCUGUCGAAGGAUGGAUUUUAUUUGUUACAGGAGUUAAUGAAGAAGCACAAGAAGAAGAUAUUCACGAUAAAUUUGCUGAGUUUGGAGAAAUUAAAAAUAUUCAUUUGAAUUUGGACCGUAGGACUGGAUUUCUCAAGGGAUAUGCAUUGGUUGAGUACGAAACAUUCAAGGAGGCACAAGCUGCCCUGGAGAAGCUGAAUGAAUCUGAAAUUUUGGGACAAAAAAUUUCAGUUGAUUGGUGUUUUGUCAAAGGACCUAAAAAAAACAAACGAGAGAGGAGGAGACGAUAGUCACUGCAAAUGUAAAUGUUCUUUUUUGCGUUCUUACAUCAAGACGGAAAACGUCCCCUGAUUUUCCUCUCGUCAACUUACACCUUUUUUGUAUUCUUGCGUUGCGCGAAUCUUGGAA